AUGCUAAAUGUCCUGGUAAUGGUCUUGCUUGAUGACUUUGAACUCUCCGUUCCGUUGCCAAAUGGAGCCGCCCGUGAAAAAUACACUGCCGGGAAAGUCUCCAGGGACACCUCUCUCACGACCAUGGCCAACGACAAAGGGCCAAAGUCCACAGCCUUAGAGCCAAAGCGCCAGGCGCGAAAAGGUGCGCCGAUCGACGAUGAAGAAACGCAGGCGCUGGCAAAGUUCACAGAAGAAGCCACACAACGCUAUGGACGGGGCGAGCGGAUACGGCCAAAGUCGGUCAAAGACAGGAAACUACGCGCGAACCUCAAGUCACUGGAAUCAAAGAACAAGCAGGCGGUGCUGGAUGCAAAGAAUGUCGAGAUCUUGUUGGAGAACGACGCUGGCCUACUAGAACCUGAGCACGAGCUUGAACGGACAUACAAAGUGCGGCAGGAUGAUAUCAAGCGGGAGGUCGACAUUGAGACCGCAAAGAAAGGCUUUGAGCUGCGAUUGGAUGAUUUGGGCCCAUACGAUGUAUGCGAAUACAGUCGCAACGGGCGAGAUUUGUUAGUCGCAAGUAGGAAGGGCCAUGUCGCAACCUUUGACUGGAGAGACGGGAAACUAGGUUGCGAAUUGAACCUCAACGAGACCGUCCGGGACGCGCGAUGGCUGCACACGAGUAACCAGAAGAACUUCGCAGUAGCCCAGAAGAAGUGCGUGUACAUUUAUUCCGGCGACGGCGUGGAAAUGCACCAACUGAAGAACCACUCGGAAGCCACCCACCUCGAAUAUCUCCCUUACCACUUCCUUCUCGCAUCCGUUUCCACCGCAGGCAUAAUACGCUAUACCGACGUUUCAACCGGUCAAUCCCUUGACCAGCUCUACACCAAGCUGGGCCCUUCGACUGCGCUGGCCCAGAAUCCCCACAACGCUAUUCUCCAUGUUGGCCAUCAAAAAGGUCUCGUCACCCUCUGGUCUCCCAACAGCGCCACACCUCUUGUCAAAUUGCUCCCACAUCACGGCCCGGUCCGUAGCAUCGCCAUUGACAAGUCGGGCAAAUAUAUGGUCAGCACAUCCCAAGACCGCCGCAUGUCUGUCUGGGAUAUUCGCAUGUAUAAAGAACUACAUUCGCACCACCUCCGCGUUCCCGGAACCACCCUCUCCAUUUCCGAUCGCAACCUCACCGCCGUUGGCUUCGGCACCCAAACUGCCAUCUACAAGCCCUCACUCUUCACCUCCUCCCCCGAUGACAUUGUCUCCAAAAUGCCCUACAUGAGCUGGGGCGGCGAUGGCCUCUCCGUAGGCCGCGUCCGCUUCUGCCCCUUCGAAGACGUCCUCGGCAUCUCCCACGACCGCGGCUUCACCUCCAUCCUCGUCCCCGGCGCCGGCGAACCCAACCCAGACACAAUGGAAGCCGGCACCAAUCCCUACGAAACCUCGACACAGCGCCGUGAAACAGAAGUCCACGCCCUGCUCGAAAAGAUUCAACCGCAGAUGAUCGCCCUCGAUCCCAAUUACAUUGGUAACCUGGACCUGGCGUCGCAGGCGCAACGCGACAAGGAGUGGAAGGCGUACAAGGGCGAAAAGGAGGAGGACCGUGUGGAGAAGCUGAAGAAGAGGGGUAGGGGCCGAAAUAGUGCGCUCCGAAGGUAUUUGAGGAAGAGUGGGGCGAAGAAUGUGGUGGAUGAGGAGAGGGAGCGGGCGAGGGAGGCGAUGCGGGUCAGUGCGAAGAGGGAAAAGGAGAAGAGGGAGAAGAUGAAAAAGGAGUAUGGGCCUGCGCUUGAGCGGUUCGCUAGAAAGGGGUUUUGA